GGCUCCUGCCAUUUCAAGAGCCACUACCAGCACCGGGAAACACUAUCAAAAACCCUCUCUCAAUCCCCUCAUUUUCUCUCAAUCAAAAUCCCAUUUUCAAGAUUCAAGAAUCCGCUCAAAAUACUUGCGUUUUAUAAGCUUCUCUGUAAGAUCUUGAUUGAAAUCCCAAAAAAUCUGUUAUUGUAGCACACAAAGUGUUUACAAAUGGAUUCAACACCUUCUUCUUAUAGAUCAAAUCUUAAUUCUCAAACCAAAUCAGCUUCUCGUUUAGCCCGAAUCACCAAUUCCAUCGACAAUGAAGAACCACCACAUCUAUCUCUUGACCUCAUACCCUCACCAGCAAAGAAGACUCCAUCAACACCUUUGAAUUUGUCUCUCAAAUCUUCCACCAAUUCUCUUCCUUUCCGCGAACUACUUCUCCUCUCACCAUCUCCUUCAAGAAAAUCAAGAACCCGCCUAGCUGAUCGCCUUGAGGUGGGCGAGGAGGCAGCUAUGGAGCCAACUGGGUCUCGCAAGAGAUGCAAAAGUAGGGCAGCUCAAUUAGGUGCUCUUGGUUGUGCUUCACCAAGGCAUAGCAGAAGGUCAAGGAGAAGGUCGGAGAUGGAGAGUAGAGAAGAGAAAGAUUUGAUAGGCAUGGUGGAGGAGAUUGGCAAGGUGCGAAAAAGAAGGCAUAGCGGCAGGUCUAAAAAGGAAAAGCUUUCUUUGGUCCCUUCAUUACCUUCUUCAAAUCCUUCUCCAAAAGUUGAUGAUGGUGAUGGAGGCAAUUUGGAUAGAAUUGGGAUGAUUAUUUAUGAUCUGAUAAUGUGGAAGGAUGUUGCAAAAUCGAGUCUUUGGUUUGGUUUGGGGUGUCUGUGUUUCCUGUCUUCUUGCUUUGCCAAAGGGAUUAGCUUCAGCAUUUUCUCUGCCGUUUCCCAACUUGGUCUCUUGUUUUUGGGUGCUUCUUUCAUCUCAAAUUCGAUAUGUCCAAGAAAUAAUGUUGAGAAGAGAUGUAACUUCAAGCUGAAAGAAGAGGACAUCUUAAAACUGGGUAGAUUAAUACUACCACCUGCGAAUCUCGCAAUUUCAAAGACAAUAGAGCUUUUCUCAGGAGAGCCAUCCAUGACCCUCAAAGUCAUUCCAUUCUUGCUUCUUGGAGCUGAGUAUGGCCACCUUGUAACUCUGUGGAGACUUUGUGCAAUAGGGUUUUUCAUUGGUUUCACUAUCCCCAAAUUAUAUUCAUGCUACUCCUAUCAAAUAAACCAGAAAGUUCAUUUCAUGAAAUGCCGGGUGAUGGAAGCAUGGGAAGCUUGUUCUCACAAGAAGAUUGUGGCAGCAUCGGCAGUCACAGCCUUCUGGAAUAUGUCCAGCAUCAAAACACGCAUUUUUGCUGCAUUUAUAUUUCUAGUGAUCCUACGUUGCUGCCGGCAACGUCUGGUACCAAAACAAGAAGAGGAAGAAGGAGAAGGAGAAGGAGAAGGAGAAGGGGAAGGGGAGGAACAAGAACCUCAGCAGUCAAAGGCAUUGGUGGCUGCAGAGGAAGUGACCGCCCAGAAAUAAUCAUAAAAGUGACACAUCUAUGUUCUUCAACACGAACAAAUAAAGGAGUGUUUGCAUUUCUUCUGCUUUGAGUUCUUGUUUUUUCCUUCAACUAUUAUUCUGAUCAGAAG